ACAGUUGUUUAGAUAGAAAUUAGAAAUAAAUCGAUCCUUAUGAUUAUUGUGCUUUCUCUAAAGUAGUGUAAAGUUUAAUAGAAUAUAAGUUGUUAAAUGUCUGCUUAGUUAUACUAGAUUCUAAAAUUGUUUUUACAAUUCACAAUGAUUAAAGCUAUACUUGUGUUCAACAAUCAUGGAAAGCCACGAUUAUCGAAAUUCUAUCAAUACUUCAAUGAAGAUAUGCAGCAACAGAUAAUAAAAGAGACAUUCCAGUUGGUGUCUAAAAGAGAUGACAAUGUCUGUAAUUUUCUGGAAGGAGGCAGCCUUAUUGGUGGUUCUGACUACAAGCUAAUCUAUAGACACUAUGCAACACUCUACUUUGUGUUCUGUGUUGAUUCCUCGGAGAGUGAACUAGGUAUACUAGAUUUAAUACAAGUGUUUGUGGAGACAUUAGAUAAGUGCUUCGAGAAUGUGUGCGAAUUGGACCUGAUCUUCCACGCGGACGCAGCACACCAGGUGCUGGACGAGCUGGUGAUGGGCGGCAUGGUGCUGCAGACCAACAUGGCGGAUAUCCUCUGCCGUUUACAGGAGCAGAAUAAAAUGCAGAAAGCUGAGGCGGGCAUAUCAGCUGCGCCGGCGCGCGCAGUCUCCGCAGUAAAGAGCAUGAAUCUACCGCAGCAGCUGCGGGACAUCAAGCUGCCCGACCUCCCGCAGGCUAUUAGGGACUUGAAGUUCUGACCGCUACCUCAGGGCGCUCCGCCAACGCCCGCCGGCCUCGCCACAAACAUACUCAACACUAUCUACCCCCAUGACAAAUACCACAAUUUACAUAGACAGGAUUUUCCUAACAAAUUCUUUGGUUCUGAAACAUUAAGUACCAGGUUCUCAGAAUCAUUCUCUGAGAACUAUCAGCAGACGGAAGGAAUUAAUUUCCCUAAUUACGAAACUCAUAAAUCUGAAGGAUAUCAAGAUUUGAGUGGAACGGUUGAUAGUGAGUAUAGUGAGAGAAAGAGAAA